AUGGCCGCCCAGGGCGAGCCCGGCUACCUGGCGGCGCAGUCCGACCCCGGCUCCAACAGCGAGCGCAGCACCGACUCGCCCAUGCCUGGCUCCGAGGACGAUCUGGUCGCCGCGGCGUCCCUGCACAGCCCCGAGUGGAGUGAGGAGCGCUUCCGCGUGGACAGGAAGAAACUUGAGGCCAUGUUACAAGCUGCUGCUGAAGGAAAAGGCAGAAGUGGGGAAGACUUUUUUCAAAAGAUCAUGGAAGAAACAAAUACGCAGAUUGCUUGGCCAUCAAAAUUGAAGAUCGGAGCCAAAUCCAAGAAAGAUCCCCAUAUUAAGGUUUCUGGAAAGAAGGAAGAUGUUAAAGAAGCCAAGGAAAUGAUCAUGUCUGUCUUAGACACAAAAAGCAAUCGGGUCACGUUGAAGAUGGAUGUUUCACAUACAGAACAUUCACAUGUAAUCGGUAAAGGUGGCAACAAUAUUAAAAAAGUGAUGGAAGAAACUGGAUGCCACAUCCACUUCCCAGAUUCCAACAGGAAUAACCAAGCAGAAAAAAGCAACCAGGUAUCUAUAGCAGGACAACCGGCAGGAGUAGAAUCUGCCCGAGUUAGAAUUCGGGAGCUGCUUCCUUUGGUGCUGAUGUUUGAGCUACCGAUUGCUGGAAUUCUUCAACCAGUUCCUGAUCCCAAUUCCCCCUCUAUUCAGCACAUAUCACAAACGUACAACAUUUCCAUAUCAUUUAAACAGCGUUCCCGAAUGUAUGGUGCUACCGUCAUAGUACGAGGGUCUCAGAAUAACACUAGUGCUGUGAAGGAAGGAACCGCCAUGCUGUUAGAACAUCUUGCCGGGAGCUUAGCAUCGGCCAUUCCCGUGAGCACACAGCUAGAUAUUGCAGCUCAACAUCAUCUCUUUAUGAUGGGUCGAAAUGGGAGCAACAUCAAACAUAUCAUGCAGAGAACGGGUGCUCAGAUUCACUUUCCUGAUCCUAGUAAUCCACAAAAGAAAUCCACUGUCUACCUCCAGGGCACCAUUGAGUCUGUCUGUCUUGCAAGGCAAUAUCUCAUGGGUUGUCUUCCUCUUGUGUUGAUGUUUGAUAUGAAGGAAGAAAUUGAAGUAGAUCCACAAUUCAUUGCCCAGUUGAUGGAACAGCUCGAUGUCUUCAUCAGUAUUAAACCAAAGCCAAAACAGCCAAGCAAGUCUGUGAUUGUGAAAAGUGUUGAGCGAAAUGCCUUAAAUAUGUAUGAAGCAAGGAAAUGUCUCCUCGGACUUGAAAGCAGUGGGGUUACCAUAGCAACCAGUCCGUCCCCAGCAUCGUGCCCUGCCGGCCUGGCAUGUCCCAGCCUGGAUAUCUUAGCUUCAGCAGGCCUCGGACUCACUGGACUAGGUCUUUUGGGACCCACCACCUUAUCUUUAAACACUUCGACAACCCCAAACUCACUCUUGAAUGCCCUUAAUAGCUCAGUCAGUCCUUUGCAAAGUCCCAGUUCUGGCACCCCCAGCCCCACGUUAUGGGCACCCCCACUUGCUAAUACUUCAAGUGCCACAGGUUUUUCUGCAAUACCACACCUUAUGAUUCCAUCUACUGCCCAAGCCACGUUAACCAAUAUUUUGUUGUCCGGAGUGCCUACCUAUGGGCACACGGCUCCGUCUCCCCCUCCUGGCUUGACUCCUGUUGAUAUCAACAGUCUGCAGACAGAAGGCAAAAAAAUCUCUGCUACUUUAAAUGGACAUGCACAGUCUCCGAAUAUAAAGUAUGGUGCAAUAUCCACUUCAUCCCUUGGAGAGAAAGUGCUGAGUGCGAAUCAUGGUGAUCCAUCUAUCCAGACAACGGUGUCUGAGCAGGCAUCUCCCAAAUCAAGCCCUGCAGAAGGUUGUAAUGAUGCUUUUGUUGAAGUAGGUAUGCCUCGAAGUCCGUCCCAUUCUGGGAAUGCUGGUGACUUGAAACAGAUGAUGGGUCCCUCCAAGGUUUCCUGUGCCAAGAGGCAGACAGUGGAACUAUUGCAAGGCACGAAAAACUCACACUUACACAGCACUGACAGGUUGCUCUCAGACCCUGAACUGAGUGCUGCAGAAAGCCCUUUGGCUGACAAGAAGGCUCCAGGGAGUGAGCGAGCCGCAGAGAGGGCGGCAGCUGCCCAGCAAAACUCUGAAAGGGCCCACCUUGCUCAACGGUCAUCAUACGUCAACAUGCAGGCAUUUGACUAUGAACAAAAGAAGCUAUUAGCAACCAAAGCUAUGUUAAAGAAACCAGUGGUGACGGAGGUCAGAACGCCCACAAAUACCUGGAGUGGCCUGGGGUUUUCUAAAUCCAUGCCAGCUGAAACUAUCAAGGAGCUGAGAAGGGCCAAUCAUGUGUCCUAUAAACCCACAAUGACAACCACUUAUGAGGGCUCAUCAAUGUCCCUGUCACGGUCCAACAGUCGUGAGCACUUGGGAAGUGGAAGCGAAUCUGAUAACUGGAGAGACCGAAAUGGAAUAGGACCUGCAAGUCAUAGUGAAUUUGCAGCUUCUAUUGGCAGCCCCAAGCGUAAGCAAAACAAAUCAAUGGAACACUAUCUCAGCAGUAGCAAUUACAUGGACUGCAUUUCUUCACUGACAGGAAGCAAUGGCUGUAACCUAAACAGCUCUUUCAAAGGCUCUGACCUCCCUGAGCUCUUCAGCAAACUGGGCCUGGGCAAAUACACAGAUGUCUUCCAGCAACAAGAGAUCGAUCUUCAGACAUUCCUUACUCUCACUGAUCAGGAUCUGAAGGAGCUGGGAAUUACUACUUUUGGUGCGAGGAGGAAAAUGCUGCUUGCAAUCUCAGAACUAAAUAAAAACCGAAGAAAGCUUUUUGAAUCACCAAAUGCACGCGCCUCUUUCCUGGAAGGUGGAGCGAGUGGAAGGCUACCCCGUCAGUAUCACUCAGACAUUGCUAGUGUCAGUGGCCGCUGGUAGCAGUGUCCUCCAGGCACACACCCACCAACUAACUGUAAAGGUGAACACAGGAGAUCUGUGAACAGCCUUCACUGCACAGCAUCCUCAGC